AUGUUUAGUAGAUUGGCCGUUCGGGCCAACAGAGUCCCAAGAAUAGUCCAUAUUAGAUACAGCUCCGAAUUGCCCAAAUUUUUGCCAAAACUGUCAGAUUUUCCUGACUAUAAGGUCCCCAAGGACUACGUGAUGCCGCAGAAAAGAGAUCCCUAUCAGGUUUACGACGACCAGCAAAACAGACGAAAUUUCGACACUCCCGUCCACCCAUUUGAGGAUAAUCUCGACAUGUGGUCGCCAGAUUUUAUCAAUCCAGUCAGUGACUCUACCGCUAUUGCCAAUUUCCUUGGGUGGUUUGCAGGGCUAGGAUCUUUCGCAACUGCUAUCUGGUUCUUUGAUCUAUGGCCAGAACGGCCCGCUACUCCACGAUCUUACCCGCAUGGCGGUCUCUACAAAGAUUUGGGGGGCAAAGAGGGAGAGGAGGAAUUGUACAGGGCGCGGAUCGACCGGGUUGAAUGA